AUGUACACGGGUUCUAACAGCCGGUUUGCUGACUGGCGGUUCAUCCAUGCCAGGCUAAACCUCCUUCGCCUCAACGAAGCCUGCAUGUGGAUAACGGCUGAACGCGAUCAGCGAUGCAUGGUGCGCGGUUAUGACAGGGAGGCGCUGCUGCAUGCCCUGUGUCACUGCAUGGCGAAGAUUACGCUGCGCACGGCCCGACACAACAACAUCAUGUCGCGUCUGCGUAGGGCGUGCCGGGGUCGGUUCACCAUCAUAUACGACAACCGGCCAAGCGGAGAUAUCAGCCUUCGCCCUGCCAUCAUCCUGGCGCGUGGCGAGGACGCAGUCAUCUUGGCUGUCUCCUGUCCUUUCGACAACCGCCCGCCGGCGUUCACCGACGCACGCAACGCCAAGGUCGCCAAGUACGGACCUGCACAUCUCCAUCUGGCACGGCGAUGUCAACGCGUGACGGUGCACGCACUUAUCGUCGGAGCCUUGGGCUCUUUGGGACCCUGCCAACGACCUCGUGAUGCGGUGUAUAUGCUCCCGGUCCUACCUGGAGCUUCAACAGGUCGGCCGUCAGCGACGUGA